AUGCUGAAAGUCCCCUCACGUAACAAGCCCACUGGUGCCAACGGGAUCACCAAAGCGGUUAUCUUGGUCGGAGGCCCAUCACGAGGCACUCGAUUUAGACCACUCAGUCUUGAUGUACCUAAGCCUCUCUUCGAUGUUGCCGGCCAUCCAAUCAUCUGGCACUGUCUGAAGGCCGUGUCCAAGGUCCCUGACAUCAAAGAAGUCAUCCUCAUUGGCUACUACGACGAGAGCGUCUUCCGUGACUUCAUCAAAGACUCCUCGAGAGAGUUCCCUCAGAUCAAGGUCCAGUACCUGCGAGAGUACCAGGCCCUGGGCACUGCUGGCGGUCUCUAUCACUUCCGAGAUGCCAUUCUCAAGGGCAAGCCUGACAGGUUCUUCGUGCUCAACUCGGACGUCUGCUGCUCCUUUCCCCUCGAGGCCAUGCUCCAGCUCUUCGAAGAGAAGGAUGCCGAUGCUAUCAUCCUGGGUACUAGAGUUAGUAAUGAGGCGGCUACUAACUUUGGUUGUAUCGUGUCCGAUUCCCACUCGAAACGCGUCUUGCACUACGUCGAGAAGCCCGAAGGCCAUAUCUCCAACUUGAUCAAUUGCGGCGUCUACCUCUUUGCCACGGAAUGCAUCUUCCCAUCCAUCAGAAGUGCCAUCAAGCGCAAGACCGAGAGGCCACGAGUGAUUUCUUAUCCUUCCUCGGAGAACCUCGAGUCGUCGUUCGUGGCCGACUUCGAUGAGGACGGAGAAAAGAACGAGGUGCUGCGCCUUGAACAAGACAUCUUGUCUGAUCUUGCCGACAGCAACCGCUUUUACGUCCAUGAGACCAAGGACUUCUGGCGCCAGAUCAAGACUGCAGGCUCCGCUGUCCCAGCCAAUGCCCUGUACUUGCAAAAGGCAUUUCAAUCUCAGUCGGAGGAAAUCGCCAAACCAUCCGCCACCAUCCUCCCACCAGUGUUCAUCCACCCUACAGCCACGGUCGACCCUACCGCCAAGUUGGGCCCGAAUGUGUCCAUCGGGCCGAAAGCCAUCAUCGGCGCAGGUGUGCGUGUCAAGGAAGCCAUCGUUCUUGAGGAGGCAGAGAUUAAGCAUGACGCCUGCGUCCUCUACGCAAUCAUCGGCUGGAACAGUCGUGUCGGAGCUUGGGCCAGAGUUGAAGGUACCCCAACUCCUGUCGGCAGCCACACCACCAGCAUCAUCAAGAACGGCGUCAAGGUCCAGAGCAUCACCAUUCUUGGUAAAGAAUGCGUCGUAGGUGAUGAGGUGAGGGUCCAGAACUGUAUCUGCCUGCCCUACAAAGAAUUGAAGCGCGAUGUUUCCAACGAGGUCAUUAUGUGA